UUUGUUUAGCAGUUUUAUUCUUUUAUGAAUUUAUAUACGCAAUAAUACAUAUUAAUUUUGUUAGCUAGAUGAUAUUUUUCAGGGCUGGAAUUGUCCGUUUGGAAGUGUAUUUUUAUUUGCGAAGAGGUAUUGCAGAAGAGGUUUAAGCAAUGUCUAUCGAUUGCCUGCAGGUCUACGGAGGCAAACCGUGUGCCUGUCGCGGCGUCCGAUGUUGUGUGCGCUGCAAACCCGAUCUGUUCGCGGAAAAUCUGAGUGUAUCGCGCAAUAUAGCGGACAAGCGUGGACCCGAAGGAGCAGAUAUUAGUGAUAUUCUGGAUGAUGGGAAUUGUUCCAGGAACGGAAUGAAGUCUUAUAUAAACUCUCAGUCACUGCCACAUUCAUACUCGUAUUGCUAUCAGUGUCACCAUGCCUUUCCAGAAGUGAUAUCCUGUUCGUACAGCAGUUCUGUUCGCGAUGCGGAAAAGGAAGCGUCGUCUUGUACAGGAACCAAAUGCAUUCAUGACGAUACGCUGUAUAGCAGCCAUGCUUUCGUUCUUCCCGGUUUGUACAUUUGGCUGGACUUCGUUUCCGAAAACGAAGAGGAAUUCCUUGUGAACUGCAUUGAUCAGCGAAGCUGGGUAGAGUCGCAGUCUGGACGACGUAAACAGGAUUACGGACCGAAAGUAAAUUUUAAGAAGCAGAAAUUGAAUCCUGCCUCGUUUACUGGGUUACCAGGUUAUUCCCGCUUCUUAUUGGAGCGGAUGAUUAGUCAGGGUGACUGUAAGGAUUAUUUUUCUGAUUUCCGAUGCGCGGAAUUAUGCAACCUAGAAUACACCCGCGAGCGCGGCUCUCAUAUUGAACCACAUACUGACGACACGUGGCUGUGGGGCGACCGGCUAGUCAGUGUGAACUUGAUAUCCGACACAUUUCUUUCGCUAAUUCCGACAGAUAGCUUCGCAGCGCAGUCGGGAUUACCACCCGAGAUUCGCGUGCAUGUCCCUAUGCCUCGACGUUCACUGUUUCUUAUGAUGGGCGAAGCCAGGCAUAAAUGGAAACAUGCUAUUAUACCGGAAGACAUUUGUGAUCGACGACUUGUCAUGACGUUCCGAGAGCUCACUCCGGAGUUUCUCACAGGCGCCGAAAGUGCCUUGGGAAAAAUGGUGUUGGACACUGCAUCUUCUUUUCAGGGAGUGUAGCCGUGUUAUGUGCGUCCCUUACGGACUAGGAUAACGAUAAUGAUUUCAAGCUUUGGUAACACUUUCUGGUAGUCAGUAAAAACGCCUCUGUUGUGCGUGCUCUUGGUAAAGUAACCGACUGUGCUUGGUCACUGUCCACUUUCGAUCACAAUUUCUUCACACAGAUUUAUUCUGAAUACUGAGGACACUUAAAACAACACCUGUUGAUUUAUACUUCAAAACAAUUUGAAAUAAGU